CCUGACUUUCCUUUUCUUCCCGCAUGAGUCUUCGGUGUUUCUUUAGCUGUCAAACAAACAGAACAUCAAACGGAAAUGAGUUCUCCUCAUCCUUCUCUGGUUCGUUUAAACAUCGGUGGGAAGAAAUUUAGCACAACUAUUGACACCUUAACUCAAAGAGAGCCGGAUUCAAUGCUUGCAGCAAUGUUUAGUGGUCGCCACACGUUGUCUCAGGACUCUGAAAAGGGGCCUGUGUUUGUUGAUAGAGAUGGUAAACAUUUUCGGCAUAUUUUAAACUGGUUGAGGGAUGGUGCUAUUCCAGUACUUAAAGACUCGGAGUUUUUGGAACUUUUACGAGAGGCAGAAUAUUAUCAGCUACUUGGUUUGGUUGAGGGGAUCAAUAAGGUAUCGAGCUGGAGAAGGGAUGAAGAUGAUCCAAAAGAGAAUUUGAAAGCUGAAUUGACUCGCACAGAUAUCAUUAAAUGCAUUCAGUCAGAAAAAGUCAGAUUUCGAGGAUUGAAUCUAUCAGGGCUUGAUCUAUCUAAACUGGAUCUGUCAUACGUGGACUUCAGCUACGCAUGCCUUAAGAAUGUGUUCUUCUCACGUGCAAACCUUCAAUGUGCAAAAUUCCGGGAUGUGGAUGCUGGUGGUUCCAUAUUCCACAAUGCAAAUCUACGUGAGCAAGGAAGGUGUGAAUUCACUGGUGCAAAUCUACAGGGAGCAUUAUUAGCUGGAGCUAAUCUGCGAAGUGCAAAUUUGCAAGAUGCAUGCUUGAUAGAGUGUAGCUUUUGUGGAGCAGAUCUCCGCACCGCACAUUUGCAGACUGCUGAUCUCACUAAUGCUAAUUUGGAAGGAGCUAAUCUGGAAGGGGCUAAUUUAAAGGGGGCGGUGUUAAGUGGUGCUAAUCUGCAGGGUGCAAACCUUCAAAGAGCCUACCUAAGACAUGUCGACUUACGUGAUACGCACUUGGUCAGCGCAAAGCUGGAUGGUGCAAAUUUGCUUGGAGCUAUCAGAUGAUUUAUAUUUCUCAGGGAACCAUGGAGGAGGAUAUGUUAGAGGUUAAUAGCUGGUGAAGUCAUGCCAAACAUUUUAGGGGCCUCUAGGUGAAGUAGGAUAUAGGUGCCCCUUUUUAUCUAUGCAAAUAUAUGAGCCUAAUAUAUACUCCCUCCGUCCCACCAUUAAGUGAACUAUUUGGUUUUUAAUUUUGUCCCAUCAUUAAGUGACCUAUAUCACUAAACAAGGAGAUAUUUCUAAAAUUACCCUUUUAAUUGAUUAUAAGAAAUAUAAGAAAUAUGCAUAAUUUGAUAGGCA